CUCAAAAGUCAGUCUUUGGAGAUCUGUCUCCGAUCCACACAAUUUCGCAUAUUUCACCAUGCCCAAGAAACCAGCAGCAGCAGCCCAAGCAAGUGCCGCAUCUGCUGCGCCUGUAGCUGCUCAAAAGGAUUCCCAGCAGGUGGAGGAAGGGGAAGAUCAAGAGGCACAGCAAAAAGGCUUCAAGGGCCAGGCGACUAAAGAUAUGCAAAAUGUGUCCGGAUACUUUGACGAAAGAGUAGGAGACAAGGUGGAUGAAGGCAAGAUAGGAAAGGCAAUGACCUUUUUGACAGAUGUGAGUAAAAAACAAAAGGCACAGAAAUCAGCAAGGGACAAAGAACUGGCCAAAGUCGUAUUGACAAAAGAGGAUGUUGAGCUGAUUAUGAAUGAAUUCCAAAUUGGAAAGGGCACGGCAGAACGAGCAUUGAGGGAGAGCAAAGGCGAUGUACUGGAGACCCUUCGACGCUUGAUUGCUGCUUGAAGGCUUAGAUUUUGACUAGAGCUCUGAUGCAGGCCGAAUAUCAUUUUGAGCCUAAUACCUGGGAAAGGGCAUUCGAUCGCUGAAUACUGGCUUUCUAUUUAACACGUUCUAGUGCUACUGGCA